GCUUAGAAAUUUACUUACUUUAUCAAGAUUCGUGCUAUUUAACAUCAGUGUUAGAUCUGGAGAGUCACAGACGGAUUGUAAUUUAGCGAUUGACUAUUGUUUAUAGAGAUCUUACAUUUAACAAAAAUAGUUUCACAGGACUUUUUUGUUAUUGAUCUGGACUAAGAUCAGAAUGUCGGACAAGUACAAGAUAUUUGAUACAACUUCAGUUGCGAGCAGUGGUGGUGUUAGUAUUAGAGGAUAUAGUUUUAGGAAGAGAGAGAUAGCACUAGGAGCUGUUCUCUUAGUAGCUCUUCUUGUGAUUUUCAUAUUAGCCGGACUCCUAGCACAAUCCAAACAAGAUGCAGCAGCAGCAGCGUCAGCGUCGGCGUCGGCGCCACAAGCUCAAGUCGGAGGAGACUCAUCCAGUUCUACGGCGUCUUCACAAGGCACCCCGACAAAACCCGCUCCGACACAAUCUGCAGAUACGACCACUUCGACACAACCACCUGAUGGAAGCUGUGUAAAUACAUGCCUAUCUCCAACAUGUUUAAAAAGUGCCGCUUUUGUUACAAGCAACUUGAAUAUGACAGCUGAUCCCUGCACCAACUUUUACCAAUAUGCCUGUGGUUCAUAUGCCGCCAACAAUCCUUUACAUCCAGAUUAUUCAGCCCGGACGGUUCUUUCCCAGAUUUAUUAUGAAAACCAAGUGAAGCUACAAACAGUCUUACAGACGUCCACGCAAAGAUUAUCACCCAAUUCUGCUGAACGAAAGUUGAAGGACUUUUUCACAUCUUGUACUGACCAGUUCGGAAAAGACCAGGUGAAGGGAGGUGUAUUUUUAGAAAAAGUAUUACCUGGCGUAGGAGGAUGGUAUGUCUUGGAUACUUGGAAUUCGGCGACCUAUGAUUAUAAAGCUAUGUUGAACAAAGUGCAUGUGGAUUAUUGGACGGAUGCAUUUUUUACGUUUUCUGUUAAAACGGACUGGCUUGAUUGGCGAAAGACUGCUAUUCAGGUUGAUCUAUCCGGUAUGGGUAUGCCUUGGAUUUAUUAUACCAGCUCAGAAACCGAACAGGUACGAGAUGAUUACCGGAAGUUUAUCCGUGCGGUUGGCAACCUGUUAGUCAAAGAUGCAAAACACAAUUUAACUGAUUCACAAAUAUCAGAACGUAUAAAUACAUUUGUCGAAGAUACGUAUAUGCUGGAGCACAAGUUGGCUAAUUUGACAUUUAACUCCAAGGCAACACUCAAUCCACAUGCCGAAGAAGAGAGAAUAAGUUUAGAAGACUUGAACACCCAGGUUGAGUCAACAAUCGAUUUUGUGAGUUUAUUCAAAUACAUGUUUGAUCAAGCUGGUGUUACUAAAGAUACCAAGGUUGUUGUUUUAGAGAAGGAGUAUAUAAUAAGUCUGGGUGAGAUUUUAAACAGUUUAGGUGACAAUAAAAACAGAAUCAUCAAUAACUAUUACACUUGGCGAUUGGCUCACAGAUAUUUACAAGAAAUGUCGUGGGAUUAUGUCCAUGCCAACAGACAAUUCUACGUAGAUAUUACCGGGAAUGCAGAGUUUUUAGGAUCGUGGAGAUAUUGUCUGAAUCUUGUCAGCCGAGAUAUGGGCGAAGUUUUGAGCUCCUUAUUCGUCAGAGAUCAUUUUGUAGAUAAGAAUAAGCACAAGGCCAUGGAGAUCGUCGAUUACCUGAAAACAUCUUUAGUUGAACGAGUGAUGAACAUAACUUGGAUGGAAGAAUCCACAAAACAAGACGCCAAACGAAAGUUACAAACUUCUUUAUAUAAACUGGGGUACCCGGAUAAUAUUAUGGACACUAAUAAAUUAGACAUGAUUUACGAUCCGCUUACUAUCGUCUCAGGCGAUUAUUUUACCAAUAUCCUCAACUUCAACACAUUCUUUAAACACGACUGGAAUAUGCGAUUAAGUCAUGAUACCGAUAAAAGUCGGUGGAACUAUAAAACUUAUGAUAUUGCUGCGGAGUAUUACAAUCCCUGGAGUGAAUUAAUAGUACCUGCAGGAUUGUUACAGUUUCCUAUAUACGACCAUACUUUACCUCAUUAUGUUAAUUUUGGUUCCAUAGGCCCAUUAAUCUCACAUCAGCUGGUACACGCUAUAGACGAAUUGGGCCAGCAAUAUAACCUAAAUGGAACAUGGUUUGGAGCUUGGUGGACGAAUGAAACCACACGACGUUAUACUACCGUUAAACAAUGUGUUAUUGAUUCUUAUAGUACAGCCACUCAGGGGCCUUUUAGACUUUUUGGUGAUAUCUCAUUUACGGUUCCACUGGAUUCCGCCAGAUUGUCUCCAGAAUUCAUAGCUGAAAGUAGCGGAAUAAAAGUAGCCUAUCAUGCAUAUAAAGAAUGGACGGCUAAAAACCACGAAGAGAAGAGAAUACCUGGUGUAACUAAAAACAAUGACCAGAUGUUCUUUUUAUCAUACGCACAGGCCAACUGUUUCAAUAGAAAUGAUGCUGCUGCAUAUGGCGAAGCUGCGAAAGGCAACGCGCUGGAGGAUACGAAAAUUAAUUUGGCAUUGAGACAAGUUGCAGAGUUCCAGGCAGCUUUUAAUUGUCCUGCAGAUUCCACAAUGGUGGCCAAGAAAAAAUGCACAAUGUAUUGAGAUAGUUCAUUAAUGUCUGUUGAAAUUAGAAAUCUGAUCAAAUAAUAUUAGUUCAACACAUAUUAUAGGUAACGGUAUAAACAAAAUCCAAAAGGAGGAUAACUCGAAGUAACUUAUUACAUAUGGAUGCAGACCACCAUUGAGUUAAUGUAAUUUCUUGUCUCUUUACCCGGCUCCAACUUUUCACCAAAGUUUCGCUGGGCUGAACGCUUUUUGCCCCAGACGGCGCAACAACUGGCCAUAUCUUUGUUCUUAAGCUUGUAUGAGAUUAAACUCUGAAAUUUUGAGAUACAAUAAACGUGUAAAUAUCCGCCGUAUUACGGUAACCAAUCUAUUAUCCUUCCGCUACUAAACCAGGGGCCUGUUUCACGAAAUUUUAACUAAGGUAAAAUCCAAAUUUCAGUAAUUUGAUUGGAUAAUAUUAGUUUGAUUAUAGUGCUUAGUCAAUCAAAAUUGAAGUAUCUACUAAAAUUGGAUAUAUCUUUAGUUAACAUUUUGAGAAAUAGGGCCCGGGAAUAUUUACCAAUCCCUCCGCGUCUAAACUAUGAAUGUUUCCCAAAUCAGACAGAAAAUGUUAAUUGAAACCCUCUUCUUGCAUACACAAAAACAUAUCAAUAAACAUGGCCAUUCAAACCCAAAGAAAGGGAGCCGAGAGGGAUUGCUAUAUAUAGACGCAUUAAAAAUCGGUGGUUUGCUUCCAUGAGACAUAUUUCUUCUACAUUACUUUAUGUUUGAGCAACAUUUUUACGAAGAACGUGGAAUUUUUACGCCCAGUUCUUGAAAAUUUUAAAAUAUUUUCAUCAUUAAGUGACUAAAUAAAGAUAGGAUUAUUUUUGUUUGGCUCUGUUGGCCUGUAUUCUCCCUGUACUUUACACAUAUUAGUGAAUUGUAUUCAGUGUACAUAAUCUGUCUAAAGAUAUAUUAAAUAAUCCUAAUACAUUUUAUUAUAUCCGAUUAGAAGAAGAAUCCUUAAAUAUACAUUAUGUAAGAUUUAGAUAAAGAGCUGGUCAUUCUUGCUAUAAGGAUUAGUGAUAUUAAAGAGCUAGCCAUUCUUGCUAUAAUAGUUCGAAAAUAGAUAAUGUAAAAUGAAUAAUUUGAAAAUUUCAUUCAAAUUACUCUAUUGCAAGCGAAGAUAUUUGCCUUUGAAGGUUUGACAAGACGUGUGCAAUAGUUCCGACCAUCGUACUCCUCCAUUUUUAGCUUAAAUCAAAAUAAGGCUGAACUAAAAAUCCGAUGCCAUCGAGAGUUGAUUAUGGCCUGGAUAAGUUAAUUAAUGUCUAAUUAAUAAUUUAGAAAAUAGAAAAAAAUUCAGGCCUAAAGAAAGAUCUGCAAUAGGCAGAUUUAGCUCUUGCAUAAUGUACGUUUAAGUAUUCUAUUAAAUUUAUCAAACUAUCCAGUAGUGAUAGAAUUUUAUGUAAAUAUCACACCUAGAUUACUUUCGCUUAAAUAACAUUUUAGUUUAAACAUUGCCUAUAUUUGAUAUAUUACAAUCAAGACGGAAGACUCGAAUUAGACUUAAAGUAUCCGCGGAACAAUAUCCAACUCGUUGAAAUGGUUUCACUACUGAUGUCUUUCUUCUUGCCACCAGCCGAUACCCGGGCAAACUUUCCAUCAUAGCACAAUGUAUGGCGAAUGCCCGUCUUCGGAACAGAAUAGUAGGACGUUAAACCCCAUUUCAUUUCAUUUCAUUUCGUUCCCUAAUCCUAUGUUUUUUUUAUGUCCGAUGAUUAACCAAACCGUAUUUUAACUAUCUGAACCCAGGCCAAUAACUAAGGGGGGCGGGGGGGGGACACACAGGAGUUCGACCCACCCCCCGUUGGAAACAUUGUCGACCAUAGAUAUACAUUGUCCGUCAAUUUUACAGCACCCCUGAGAACACUUUCCGCCCCUCCCCCCUCGUUGCUCUGAGCUAGUUACGGCCCUGUCUGAACCUGGUUCCCGAGUUCACAAAACAUUCUCAGAUAUUAGUUAAGAAUUUACUCAAAAUUGUUCACAUUAUUUUAACUAAAUAUAGCCCUUUAUAAAACUUUUGUUGUUUUAAUGUAUCAAAUACACCAAUGAGGAACUUUAUGUCAUUUUUCGUGUUUGUGGAUCAAAGAUAUUUCCCAUAAACAGGGGCUCGCUAGCCUGAAGGUUGCGUGUUCGAUCCCUGCAUUGGUCGAGAAAGUUCAUCGUGAUUUUCCAGCGUGGUUUCCCCUUGCCAGUGAUGCAGGACGGAGGGCCUGACAAGGACAGCUGUCUAGUCGUUCAGAGGGGACGAAAAACCGAGGUCUCGACCACAGUUUAGCGUGCACGUAAAAGAUCCUUUGACAGUUGGAAUUCCAUAUAAAAGUAGGCCAUAGUGCCACUGCCCGGGCAAAAUUUCCCUCAUUGCACACUGUAUGGCGUAUGCCUGUCUUCAUCAGGCCAGUCGGAGCAGAACAGUAGGACGUUAAACUCCUCUUCAUUUCAUCUCAUUUUAUUUUAUAAACAAUGAUUGAAAGUUAAGUAAAUUCUUAACUACAUCUGAGAAUGCUUUGUGAACUCGGGACCUCUAUUCACAAAUGUACGGAUAAAAGGCCUCUAUUCAUAGUUUAUUGUGAUCUGCUUAUUUGUAAAUUGUUUACGCUUGAUAACUGUUAUUGAUAUUAAUGUGUAUAAACCAGUAAUUAAUUGUUUUUAAUAUAAA